AUGGAGAAUUCAGAGCUCCCUGCAAAGGCCAUUUCUAAGCCAUCGGAGACACCUGAGAGGUCAUCCGAGGGCCUCCUCGGGGUGGCUCCCAGACCGGACGCUGGCGAUGGCUGUGAAGAUGCUUUAGAGCAGCUGGGAGGGAGGCCCUUGGACGAAGGAGGGAGUGGAUUGGAAACGUGGGAAAGUGUUCCGUCGGAGGCCACGCCCCCUCGGCCCCCGCAGAGUCCGCAGUGGGGAGAAGCCGGCGAGUGUGGCGAGUGUGGCGAGUGCGGCGAGGCGUUCAGUCGGAGGAAGUGUCUCAUUCGACACCAGAGCCUCCACGCUGGGGCAAAACCACGCAAAUGUAGUGACUGUGGGAAAGCCUUCACUCAAAACCCUCAGCUCACUGACCGUGAGCGAAUUCACACUGGAGAAAGACCUUGUGAAUGCAGUGAGUGUGGUGAGGCAUUUGGUCUGAGUAAGUGCCUUGUUCGGCGCCGGAGACUUCACACAGGUGCAAAACCCUAUAAAUGCAAUGAAUGUGGAAAAUCCUUUAAUCAAAACUCUCGCCUCGUUAUACACCAGAGAAUUCACACUGGUGAGAAACCCUACGAAUGCAGUGAGUGUGGGAAGGUCUUCAGUGCCAGCUCUAGCCUGAUGGUACAUCGGAGAACACAUACUGGGGAGAAACCCCAUAAAUGCGAGGAUUGUGGGAAAGCCUCGGCGACAGCUCACAGCUUAUCGUGCCCCGGAGAGUUCACACUGGAGAGAAACCUUAUGAGUGUAUUGACUGCGGGAAAGCCUUUAGUCAGCGUUCCACUUUUAACCACCGCCAACGGACUCACACUGGAGAGAAGCCCUCAGGUCUGCCUCAUCCUUCAGGUGCCGGUCUUAGACAGUAAAGGACUUUGA